UCGAUAUCGCGCCCGCGUGCCAACGUGUUUGUACUGCAGUUGAAAGAAAUAUCUGGUGACGUCAAGACCAGCCUGUCGCCCGGGACGCGCUAGCGGGCGGGAGAUCGAACACGUGGCAACCCCACAAAACACCGAGAGCUUGCGGCUAUGGCGCACGUUGGCAAGUAUGCAGAUGAACUGAUUGCCACAGCGAAGAAGAUUGCAACGCCAGGAAGGGGUAUCCUCGCGGCUGAUGAAAGCACGGGCACCAUUGGGAAGAGGUUGGCAAGCAUUAAUGUCGAGAAUGUUGAAUCGAACAGGAGGGCUCUUCGGGAGCUCCUGUUUACCGCACCUGGUGCGCUGGAGUACAUCAGUGGCGUAAUCUUCUUCGAGGAAACACUCUACCAAAAGGCAGCAGACGGGAAGCCCUUCGUCGAUGUUCUCGGGGAUGCAGAUGUCGUGCCGGGCAUCAAGGUAGACACCGGUGUUGCCAUUCUCGCGGGAACUGAUGGGGAGACUACCACUCAGGGCCACGACGGGUUGGGCGCCAGGUGUGCCAACUACUACCAGGCUGGCGCACGCUUCGCGAAGUGGCGUGCUGUGCUGAAGAUCAGCGAUGGAUGUCCUUCGCCACUCGCCAUUCAGGCCAACGCUGAGGGCCUGGCCAGGUAUGCGUCCAUCUGCCAGGAGAAUGGUCUAGUGCCAAUUGUCGAGCCAGAGAUUCUGAUAGACGGUCCUCAUGACAUCGAGAAGAGCGCUGCAGUCACCGAGAAGGUUCUUGCCGCCGUAUACAAGUCUCUUAGCGACCACCAUGUGUUGCUGGAGGGAACGCUGCUUAAGCCGAACAUGGUCACGCCUGGGUCUGAUGCACCGAAGGUUGCACCUGAGGUGGUAGCCAAGUACACGGUGCGGACGCUGCAGAGGACGGUUCCCCCUGCUGUCCCAGGGAUUAUGUUUCUUUCCGGAGGCCAGAGCGAGGAGGAAGCAACGCUGAACUUAAAUGCCAUGAAUGCCUUAGACACAAAGAAGCCAUGGACUCUGUCAUUCUCGUACGGACGGGCACUGCAGGCCAGCACUCUCAAGGCAUGGGGAGGCAAGGUGGAGAACGUGGAGGCAGCCCAGAAAGCAUUCCUAACACGAGCAAAGGGAAAUGGCGAGGCAACACUCGGCAAAUACACCGGUGCUCCAGCUGCAGAGGGCGCAUCUGAAAGCUUGCAUGUAAAGGAUUACAAGUAUUAAACCGCACAGUAUGUUUUCCCGCUUGAAAAAAAUAAAUAAUGCGGCGGUUAAGGCGGAGAUGUGGAAAGUGGCAAGACGGCAGGCAGCCUCGACCAGAUACAUGCGCGAAACAGUGGCGCGCUGCCGCUUGCAGUUGAAUUUUGGGCCUGCGGCCGAUAUGAGGCGAGGUACUGGCGCAGUCUGGCGGUUUUAAGUACUAAAUUCCAGCUGGUUGCAAGGACGUCAACGGAGUCAAAGGACUCGACGAGCUCGGGGGGUUCGAGGGGUCCAAGGUUCUAGAAGCGCUAAGGGGUUCAAGGGGCUGAAGGGACACAAGGGGUUCAAGGUGCUUAAAACGCAAAGGGUAGUCAAGGAGCUCAAGGGACUCAAGGGAUUGAAAAGGACUCAAGGAGCUCAAGGAUCACAAGGGGCUCAAUGGAAUAAAUAGCGCUUGGUAAUGACGAACUAAAGUCAAUGUUUGUGUAGGAAAUGGUAGGUGAAUAAGUAGGUGAGUUUGGGGAGAGAGAGAGGGAGGACGCAGGUGAUGUGCAGGUGUUGUUAGUUCAGAAGGAGAGGGAGGAGGGGGUUUGCCUCACAUAUAUCUGUUCUUACAAGCAGGACGGAUGGAAAAAGAAGGUUUCAAAGUUCUAUAGGACUCAUAUAAGACGCAAGCGACAGGAGAAGUCCAGACACCACUCCUUGAUCUGGAGGUGUAAGUUCUCUUAACUUCUGGAUUGAUUGGUUCUGCAUGUGACAAACACUCCUGGACCAACGGAUGGGAAGAAGGUUUCAAAGUUUGCCUGGACUCGUAUUUAUCAUGGAAGAGGUUCAAGUAUUUUUCUUUUAAUCUUUAUUAAAAAAAGGAGGACUCAUAUUUACCAUCAAGAUUCAAGGGGACGGGAGAAAUCCAGAAAACGCUCACUGAUGCACAGCUGUUAGCUCUUCAUUGGCCGGUUCUGUGCGUGAUUCCAAUGCUGGGAGUCGUAGGCAGUUGCACCUCAACGGAUUUUGGUCGUUGAGGGGAGGGCAUAGCCGGAGCCUGGAAGACAGCAAGCUAGUGACAUCCCUGAUAUCAGGUGAGCUUCAGCGAGAGAUGGAAACGGAGUGGAGGCCUUUUGAAAUCAAUGGUGGAGAACGAAAGUUGAGUCCCUUUUGGCUAUUCUGGGUUGCGCUCUGUAGUGCAGCUACUCUAUCAGUUGAGGCGCAGGGGAUCAGAAAUAGUAACCUACUAUUUAGGUGAGAGGGGGGGGGAGAGGGGGAAGGAAUUCCCACUUCUUGCAGCCUGCAGGUAUUUUCUCAUGUUGAUGUAUGAUGAAAGGACAACUGUUUCCGUCUGUCUUUCUCGUUGGCAGGGGCGACUUUACCUGACUCGUCAGAUGUCAGAUUGUCAGGCAAAUGACAAACAAAGGGCUUUUCGUAGUUGUCAGUUGUGGAUUCUUUCUUCAUUCUCUAGAAUGCCUGAUCCCUCUCUAUUUUGGAAUGCUAAGAUCAUCUCACGUCGAGGAUUCAAACUGCCCACCUAAACAAAGAGCCCCGCUUUGGGCUGGUCCCGGUGAGCACUGAGCGAGUACCCGGGUACCCGCCCGGGUGCGCAGGUGUCCAGGUGCCUUUGCAACACCCGGCAACACGCCCGGGUCGCCUGUGGGUGCUUUUUAGCUGCUGCACUUACCAAGCCAAGACGGUCCAGAGCAGGCACCUUAGUAGAUGCUUGCUGGAUGGCUUAUCUCACCAACUCCAUACGCACACAUGCUGGAAGGCUUUAUCCACUGCAUCAACUCCGAUUCACAGUGCUUCACUGAAAUUUUGACUCUCAGUACGGUUCUUAUAAUAAUAAAAAAUUCGCUCCAGUUUAUUUGGGGGACUCGGGAGUCCUUUUAUUUGUGCUUGCAGAGAGAAGGAUUAGAGAGUGCUCAAACGC